AUGAAAGCCAAUCAAAUUGAUAUUGUAAUUUUAUCUGAAACAUGGAUGAAAGAGGAAUUUAAGUAUGAUAUAUCCGGAUACUCAUUAAUACAUACCAAUAGAGACGAUGGAUUCGGAGGUGUAGCUUUAUAUAUUUGCCGACACAGAACAAAUCUUACUUAUUGGACUUCAUUAUUCGGAAACAUUUCGCCGCCUUUUCUAAUUGCGGGUGACUUUAAUGUGCAUCAUACGAGUUUUGGUAGCAUUCAUAAUAAUCAUGAUGGAAUAAUUUUAAGCGAAGCCAUUAACUCAGAGGGUUUAUGUGUUCUGAAUGACGGAUCGCCUACGUUAUUGAGGAGACAUGACAGAAAUCCUUCUGCGGUAGAUUUAUCUAUAUGCAAUCCAUCUGUGAUGCUCAGUGCGGAAUGGCACGUCACAGAUGAAACUUUGGGAUCGGACCACCUUGGUAUAUCAAUUCGGAUUGGAGUGAGUGAAGUAAAUAUGAAUAACAGUAAUAUUAGAAACAGACAUAUUUGGAAGAUCAAAGAAGCUGACUGGAAGAAAUAUGAGCAAGUGACAGAUAAGUUAUUGUCAGAAUUGAUAUUUGAUAAAGAUCCAUCGGCUAUGUACGGUAAGUUUGUUCAAUGCAUAAAUCAGGCGGCUUUGUUAGCAAUUCCCAUGUCAAGACCUUACUUAGGCAAAAAAGAUAGAUAUUUGUCAACGCCUUGGUGGGAUGAAGAGUGUGAGAAAUUUAAUAAGAAGAAGUUAGAAGCUAUUAGAAAAUACAAGAGAUCUCCAGUUUUGGCUAAUUACAUCGAAUAUAAAAGAAUUUUAGCGAAAUGUCGUAUAACGUUCAAACAGAAAAAACGGGACAAAUGGAUUGAAUUUUGUAAUUCUUUUACAAGAUCAACUUCAUCUAAAUACAUUUGGGACAAGGUGAAAGCUUUGAAAAAUAGAGUCGUGCAUAAAAAUCCUUUUCCGAUAGAUGAAUCAAAUAAGUUCCUUAACAAUAUUACCCCGGCCUCAGCAACGAAUGAGGUAAUUAUACCAAGCGUACAAGAAAUGGAUGUACUGGAAGGUCCUUUCGCAAUGCAGGAGCUUCUUUUGGCACUAAAAACAAAUUCGAACACACUACACCGGGUGCGGACAAUAUUCAUUAUCCAAUGUUGA